AUGCAAAAAUCAACCGUCCCCAACAAAUCCCACCCCCACCCCCUCCCCCCAGGCGUCUACACCCCCGUCCUCUCGCUCUACAAAGCAACCCCCACCCAAGAAAUCGACCAUGAAGCCAUGUACAAGCACGCACAGCACCUGGUCCUCGGCGGCAUGCACGGACUAGUCUACCAAGGCACAAACGGCGAAACCGCGCUCCUCUCCCGCGAAGAGAAAAUCGCAGUGCUCAAGGACAUCCGCAACGCCGUCGCCGACCUCGGCGUGCCCGACUACCCUAUCGUCGCCGGUCUCACGAAAGACGCCGCGGAGGCGGGGGCGAGCUUCGGGUUGCUACUACCAUCUAGCUUCUGGCCAAAAGCCGUCACGGAAGACGUACUACGGGGGUUCUACCGUGAUGUUGCGGACGAAGCCCCAUACCCAUCGUGUGCUAUAAUGUGCUUCCCCGGCGCAACCUCCGGCGUCGACCUCAAUUCCGACGACCUCGCCGCUCUCGCUACUCACCCCAACAUCAUCGGCACCAAGCUCACCUGCGGCAAUGUCGGCAAAGCCAUCCGCCUAACCUCACAGUUCACGGCCGCCCAAUUUGCCGUCUUCGGCGGGUCCUCCGACUUCCUGUACCCCACCCUCGCAGCCGGCGGCGUGGGUUGCGUAACGGGGAUGGGCAACGUAUGGCCGAAAUCCACUGCCCGCGUGUACGACCUGUACGUGGCGGGCGAGCUCGAGGAAGCGAAGCGGUUGCAGGAGAUCGUAGCGAGCGCAGAGUGGGCGUGCAAGAAGAGUCUCGCACUGACGAAGUCGGGGCGGGGCAUUUUGUGGGGAAGAAGAUCGGGCUUGAGGACGAGCGGACGUGGGGAAAAGAUGCAGGCCUGGACCGUGGAGGUGAUGGGGGUGUUGGAGGCGGAGGAGGCGAAGAUUCCGGAUAGGGCGUUUAAGGGGAAGGGGGCGAAUGGGAUUAAUGGGAGUAAGUAG